AUGUCCGCUCGCCGCGACCCUGGCGCUUCUGCUGCCGCUGCAGUUACCUCUGGCCCAGCCUUCUCACCAGGUUGUCUUGUGCCUCGUGAGUACGAGCUUUGGGACGUGGAAGGUAAUAGUGACAGCAAUGGACACGAGACCAGUGCACCAACCUACCUCUUCCAGAGCAUCGAACGCGAUCUCAGCCGGAUGCCCCAUCGUCAAAUGCUUGACUUCCUCGUGCAGUACUUUGUGUAUGAGCUGAAUUGGAUGAAGCAGGUUAUCCAUGCCCCCAGCUUCCUGGCAGAGUAUCAGCAAUGGUGGACCAAAGACCAACCGUUUACAGUUCCCGACAUCGAGUUUGCCGUUCUGAUCCUCCGCGUCAGCUCGUACGCGGCGCAGUUUCUCCCGGCUCCUUCCCAUACUGUGGGCAGUAUUGGCGGGCUCUCCCUCACUGACAUCCGCAACACCUGCAGCGAGGUGGGCGACAGUCUCGCUCAAGCCUGCCUGUCUCUUGAUUGGAAAGGGUCGCUAGUGCGCGUUCAGCACACUCUCUUCCUCGCCCUCAAAUUCUCGUGCGAGUGCCGAACCGACCGAUUCUGGGAGGGCAUUGCCUCGUCCAGUCGCGCAGCCCAGAAGGCAGGCAUCCACGCUGAUGCUCCUCUUCCCGGGGCGGAUGGCGCGCAGAACUUGGAAAAGGAGAUGGAGCGGAGGACGCUCUGCAGUCUCUACGUCCUUGACAGCCAUCUAUCCCGACAGCUGGAUCGGAUCCCGUUUCUGCCCGACGAUCUGGUGGCAGAGACCCUUCCCCGGUUGCGUCUCGUGCCAGACAUCGGCAGCGACGCCAGCGCACCGGAUAUCUUCACCGAGCGCCUUAUGCAAGUGCAGCUGGGUCGAUUCUGGCGCAGCUUCGGACCGCGACGAAAUGUCGGGUACGACCCCAUGCAGGGCGAACAACGAUACGAGAAGUUCUGCGCCGAAUAUCUGCCGACGCUAUCCCCUGCGUUUGCGCUGGAGCCGGACACCCAGUGGGACGCGCGUCUACCCAAGCUGCCGAUGCAGCGACAGCUCCUGCACAUUGCCAUCUUCGAUUCCAUCUGUUGGAACUUCCGUCCGCUGCUGCUGCUCAAACCCGCCCAGAUUGCCCGCCUCGUCCCGUACAAACAGGUGUUGCUGCAGUCGCAGAAGAAGCGGCUGGCCCUGGCAGCCCUCGUGGAGCUGGAGGCCGUCACGACACUGCACGCCAUGUUCGGCGGCUCCCAUACGCGCUUUGCCGCCAUCAUCUUCAACACCUUUGAGGCCGCCGUGCUCCUGCUCGGUCUCUGCGGCCACAGGGACUUCCCCUUCGACCAAGGCGAUGAGGAUACCGUGAUUCUGGGCGUGAAGGCAGGACGGUUGACGCGCGGCAAGGCGCUCCAAGCGGCGGAGCAGGCACUCCGUCGGCUGCAGAUGCUCGCCGAGGUCAGCGAGAUGGCCGCGACCGGAGCGCAUGUGGUGACUCAGCUCUUUAUCAAGGCCACACAAGAACAGGCGUCCGAGUCGGUGACACCGAUGGGUUCCAGUGGCAGCUCGUCUUGGCCGGGCCCGUUGCUGAACCUGCUGGGGCUGGACGAUGACGCCGGAAACUGGGCAUCCGCGGAAACUGCGAAUCCUAGUUGGAUGUCGGAGUCAAUUCCUAAGAUUGCGCAGGACGACUCGUAUUCGGUAUUGCAGGAGUCACGGCUGGGCUUUGCGGCGCCCUGGGCCGUUGGUGAUCCCUUGUAG